CAUAAUUUAUUUUGAUUCAACUGUAUGAAAGUAACCGAACUCAUCUCUAAUAUCCGGUAUCUUUCAUCAUGUAAUAAGGUGAAAAAUAAAUAAAGUGCAUGUUUUUAUUUUCACUCAACACAUUUUUGUUCAACAACUUUUUACCAGUUUUUCAUUUCUUUAUUGUUUGGACAUCGUAAUUCUUUAUUUUGUUCCGUUAAUCAUCAUGUCAGCAGCUGAUAUUGAAAAUAAGCAUCCUAUUUCUGUGAUUACACCUGGUGAAGCUCCAAUAAAGAAGGAAUUUCUUUUAGAAAUCAAAAGUGCUCGAAAUAUUGAUUUGGAUCAUGUCUCGGAUGUAGAUAAGUCUCGUUUAGUCGAUGUAAAGGAAGAGAAGUUUGAUGGAGACAAUGGAGAUAAUUGUGAUGAUGAACAGUUUGAUGAACAUGACGAGAACGGUGAUGAUAGAAAAGGGGGAAAUAAGCGCAGAAAGAAGCAAAAACUUCGCGGUCAAAACAAGAAUCGUAAAAUUAAUGAGAGAGCUGUUAGAAAAGCUGCUAGAGUCCAGCGUCCAUGUCUGAGAUAUUCUGCUAGUAUUGGUAAUGAGGCCACAGAUGGAUGUAAUUAUGGUGACUCAUGUAAACAUGGUCAUGAAGUUGACGAAUAUUUAAGUAAAAAGAUGCCCAAUAUCGAUCGUGAUUGUUAUGCAUUUAAUACUUAUGGUUUCUGUCCCUAUGGAUUUCUCUGUCGUUUCAGUGACAAACAUGUCGAUCCUACUGAUAAAAAAAGCAACAUUGUUGAUAUAGAAAAAUGGGAAAGCAUGAAAGAUGAAAUGAAAACCAAUACUACCAAUCAAUUGGAUAAAAAUGUUCUAUUCACUCUUCGUAAACGGACUUAUGACUUUAGUAAAUCUCUCAAAGUAGUUAAAGAUGUCCGUGAAAAACCUCUUGGACCUUUGUUAUUAGAAAGCGAAGAUAUUAAGCGAACUCCAGUGGAUUUUAAAAAUAAGUUAUACCUUGCACCAUUAACAACCAUAGGUAAUUUACCAUUCCGUAGAAUAUGUAAAGAAUAUGGCGCUGAUAUAACUUGCGGGGAAAUGGCUAUGGCUUCAAAUAUUCUCGAAGGGCAAGCUUCUGAGUGGGCUUUAUUAAGGAGACAUAAAAGUGAGAGUAUUUUUGGUGUCCAACUUUGUGGAUAUAACUCUGAAAUUUUAACCAAAGCUGCACAGCUAAUUACUGAACAAUGUUCGGUUGACUUUAUCGAUCUAAAUAUGGGAUGUCCAAUCGACUGUGUUUACCUAAAAGGAGCGGGUUCAGGUUUAAUGAACAAGAUUAAUCGAUUGAAUGAAAUAACUUAUGGAAUGUCGCAGGUUUCGAAGGUACCUAUUACUCUUAAAAUGAGAACUGGAAUUCAUGCCCAUAAAAACAUAGCGGACAAAGUUAUUGAAAAUAUUUGUCGUUUCUGGGAUAACGAAACUAUUGGAUUAAUAACAAUUCAUGGACGGUCUAGAGAACAGCGAUACACCAAGUCCGCUAAUUGGGAAUAUGUAAAUGAAUGUGCCAAACUAUCUGAGAGUAUUCCAGUUUUUGGCUCAGGCGAUGUUUUUUCAUAUACUGAUUAUGAACAAAAGUUAGCUGAUAAUCCUAAUGUAUCUGGUGUGCUUAUUGGCCGCGGAGCAAUCAUCAAACCAUGGUUGUUCACUGAAAUUAAAGAAAGAAGACAUUGGGACAUUUCAUCACGAGAAAGGCUGGAAAUACUGCAAAAAUUUGUAAAUUAUGGAUUAGAACAGUGGGGUUCUGAUGAUGAAGGUGUCGAGAGGACACGACGAUUCCUUCUUGAGUGGUUAUCAUUCCUCUAUCGUUAUAUCCCUGUUGGACUUCUUGAAGUUGUACCUCAGAAAAUCAAUGAUAGACCUCCUUAUUACCGAGGACGAGAUGAACUAGAGACACUUAUGGCUUCACCAUCAUGUAGUGAUUGGAUUAAAAUCUCAGAAAUGUUUCUUGGUCCAGUUCCUGAUGAUUUUGUUUUUCUGCCAAAACAUAAAGCCAAUGCUUAUCAGGCAUAAGAACACUGACCUUUUUUUCAAGUUUCUCAUUCUUCCAAACCUUUUUCGAACACCUGUACAAAAAUUGUUUUAAAUCAACAAGUUUUAAUCUUUUAAUAGAACUUUAACUUGAUAUGUUGCAAGCAAUUUGUUGUCAAUAUGACGAACCAUAUUGAUUAAAGAAAACUUUUUUUCAACCAA